UAAAUAAAUAAAUAAAACUAAACACUCUGUUUUCCUCUCUAAGCCGCCUUCACCUCACCACUUCCCCGGCACAUUCUCAGGCGACUUCCUUUUUCUUCUCCGGCUGCUGUUUCCCCUCACACCGACUUCGAUUCUCACGGGUCGCACUGACUUAAUUCCUACACAGUGCUGCGACAUCUUCAAUUCUGCUUUCGAAAGCCAACGAUAUUCUUCGGCAGCCAUUGAUCUUUAGAAAUACACUUGCUAUAUAGGUGCUCGAUUUUUUCCCCAAAAACCAAAACAGUACAAAAUGGAAGAAGAAUCUUACAAGAAAUCUGAAGGAUGCACCAUUAAGGAAUGCCAAGACAUGAUUCAAAGAAGUCUACGGACUCCAAUGGUGAAAUUUUUGAUGGAGCAUAUGGAGAAAACAGGGUGUAAGGUAGGAGAUAAUUUCAUCAAGGCAGUUAAUUGCAAUAGGAAGAUGGGUGGAGGCUAUGUUCGUGGCGAAGGAAUAGUGGUGUGUAGCGACCAAGUGAAGAUACAAGAUGAUGUCAAUCAAGUAGUUAUACAUGAGCUUAUUCAUGCAUAUGAUGAAUGCCGUGCUUCAAAUUUGGACUGGACAAAUUGUGCUCAUCAUGCCUGUAGUGAGAUUCGUGCUGGCCAUCUAAGUGGUGAUUGCCACUACAAACGGGAAUUUCUGCGCGGUUUUAUGAAGAUAAGGGGCCAUGAACAAGACUGUGUGAGAAGAAGAGUUAUGAAAUCGGUGAUAGCUAACCCUUUCUGCUCCGAAACAGCUGCAAAGGAUGCCAUGGAGGCUGUGUGGGAUGUCUGUUAUAAUGACACAAAGCCCUUUGACAGAGCUCCUUGAAAGACCAGUUUUUACUUCGCAUUUUAUUUGAAACAAUUCUCAAACAAAUCCUUUUUGUAUCAUAGAGUAGGAAAAUGCUCUGGUUCUUCAAUUACAUGCACAUUUCAAUCUUGAAAAGAAAAUUCAUUUCCCUAAGAAAAUAUUUUCCGCCUCUUUGAGAAGGCUGGAGAGGAAAGGAUUGUACCAUUGCUAAUGUUAUUUGAGGUCAGGUUUCAGAGAAUGAGAAGGCCUCAGUAUACCAUUUCAACCUAGUUGAGUCAAUAAGAUGCUGGUUUCAGAAUUGUUCAUUUUCA